CACUAUGGAAAUUAGCCUGUCAUAUCUGGGAACAACCCGGUGCCAAUCGUCCGUUCUGUCUCAAUGAGUGCCUUGCGAUGGCCUCCCUCAGAUCCGGGCUAUGCCCGCAGAUAGCAUUAUCCUUUCCUACCGUUUCACCAGGCAACCCUAACCCAGCCAAGAGGAACCACCAACGCUCUCGGUUUCAGCAUUGAGCCAAUCAUACCACAUUAUGAUUCUCUCGGUUCGACAAAAAGACAAAAAUGUCCCCGUUAGUCUUUAAUGCAUGUUCGCUGUGACGUCCUGGUGGGCAAAGCCUUGGUAUUUCCAAGGUUAAGAAUGGGCAUGGCCCCCCAGAUUUGAUGACUUCUCUUUGCAGCACUUCUGGAAGGCUCGCAGGUUGUACAAUCAUUUAAAGAAACAUUUCCAACAUCUUUCAACUUAGGCUUCGUCAUCCGAUUCCAUUCAUUCUCCAAUUACACCUAAUUCGUUUCGGAUCACCUUACAUAUCUUCUUCUUACAGAACUACCUUACAUUCACAUCCGUCAUGCUGAGAGAAUUCUCCUCCAAAGGCUGGCGUCCUACACGAAGGGCUCAACGCUGUUUAUCGCUUUCGAUAGUUUUUGCGUGAGUCAACUACCUUCAACUCUUCAGUUGUUUACACUGACCAUCUCAACAGUGUGACCAUUUUAUUUGUCCUCUACGAAGUACCAUGGACUAAGCACACCGAAUUAGAAGUGAGCUAUAACUACCGCGGAGUCUUUCAUUACAACUCGAAAGCCGAAGACGGCAUGCCCAAUCUUCCAUUCAAAAAUUCCGCUGUCCGUAAAUCGACGGAUGAAGUGUGGUUCGAUACGGAGCCACUACCGUAAAUCGAUGGAUGAAGUAUUGGUUCGGUACCGAGCCAGAUUGAGUCCGUUUUGCUAGGGUAGAAGACCAACUGAAUAACCAAGGCAUUGUAAGAGGGUCUGAGGAAAUACUGUAUUUCUAUGGGAUCUUAGCAUGGGCAUCAGGAGUUACUGGAGUCGCGAGCGGCACCCGGAUGAGACCUUCUCUGGAUUUUGGAUAUCGGAAACUCGGUUGCGUCUAAAUAGACUGGGCGACGAUGCUUUUGCAUCAUGCGAGCGAUACGGCUCAGUCACAGUGGAGGUCUUGACUGCGGAAACGAUUUGGAGCAUUUGUCAUAUCUCGCUUUCCAGAUACGGCCAAAUCGAGUCUAAAGUAAACCACUCCGAUUUAGAGGAGAACGGGUACAUAUGGCAGCCAAUCUUGUGCAACCGAGUUGGCAAUCGAGUGAGCGACACUCGUACUUCUGGGGAGGACACUCGCAUGGUGAAGAUCUAUACGAAGAUCAGAAGCUUAUAUGGAUUUG